AUGUUUUAUUAUUUAUAUCUUAUUUGUUUAUUAAUUAAUUUUAUUUCAACACAACAACAACAACAACAAAAUGAAUGUUUUCAAUUAAAUAAUAAAUUAAAUAAAUAUAAUAUUCAUAUAAAUAUAAUAGAAAAAAAUUUUACAGGUCUUUAUUUAUGUAAAAAUUUUAUUCAUAAUUAUUGUUGUCCACAAAUCUAUGAAAAUCAUAUACAAAAUGCAACAGCUAUUGAACUUUAUCAUUUAUUUGAAUUAAAUACAAUUAAUUUAUAUGAACAAGUAGUUCGUUUAACUAAUGAUUUAAAUCAUACAAUUAUAAAAUUGAUUGAAAUAUCUCGUAAUGAAACACAUCUUAUUUUACAACGUGUUUAUAAUAAACUUUAUCAAUCAUAUUAUUUAUCUAUAGAUAAAUUUUUUAAUAAUCUUUUAACAUUAACUUAUCGUACAUAUCAACAUGAUAUUAAAAAAUAUGUUGAUGAAUUAUUUCGUAAUAUAUUACAUAUAUCAUUAACAUUAAAUAAUAAUAAAACAAUAAUAUUACCAAUAUAUUUUUCAUGUCUAUGGAAAAAUCAACCAUUUGGUAAUCAUUUAAAUUUAAUUGAAAAUCAAUUAGAUAUUAAUUUUGGUAAAAUAUUUCAAUUAAAUGAAUUAUUUAAAUUAAGUUAUGAACUUAUUCAAAUUUUAUCUACAAGUGUUACAACAGAUUAUCAUUGUAUUGAUUCUUAUAUGCAAUUAUCAUAUUGUAAUUUAUGUGGUGGACGAAAUGAAUUACCAUGUUUAUCUAAUUGUAUGCAUGUUAUUGAAAGUUGUCUUGUUAAUAUAACAUUAAUUGAUAAUACAUGGAAAAUUUUUCUUGAUUCUAUUGAGAAUAUUGGUUAUUUUAAUAAUAUUGAAAAAAUUUUAUCAUCAAUUGGUUUAUCAAUAUCAGAUGCUGUUAUGACCUUUUUUAAUUCAGGUGGAGUAACAAAUAAGAAUAUCAUCGAUCAAUGUGGACAUAUACGUAUACGACGUCAAACAUUUGCUAUCGAUCAAAAAUAUGAUGAUGAAUAUAGUAAAACAUUAUCAUUAUCUUUAUUAGAUCAACAACUAAUACAUAUGAGUCAAUCACUACAGACAUAUCGAUUAUUUUGGAUGAAAUUACCUGAACAAAUUUGUAAAUCAAAAGGAAUUUCAGAAUUAAAUGAACGAAUAUGUUGGACAGGCACGUCAAUAUCUCAAGAUGGAAAAUCUUCUGUUCAAUUAUAUUAUGAUAAACCAUUAAAUUUAAAAUUACAAUGGAUUUUAAAAGAAAUAAAACAAAAAUCACAAAUUAUUGGAAAUCUACAUCGGACAACGUCAGUACUCAAUAUUAAUCCAACAACAAUUUCAUCAAUAGUAAAUGAAUCAAAAAUAGAUAUCAUCAUACAAAAUUUGACUGAUACAUUAAAACCUACUGAUUUUGAUGAUUAUCCAAAUGAUAAUGAAUUUGAUUAUUCGGAUUAUGCAUAUGAAGAUUCAACAGAUGAUAUAACUACAACAUCAACGACAACAACUCGUCGAAAGAAAAUAACAACAACAACAACAACCACGACAACUACAACGACAACUAUAACUACUUUCAUGAAUGAUGAUAUAUCAUUUGAGGAUGAUACAAAUACUGCUUAUUAUGAUUAUGGUGAUCAAGAUUUAUAUAGUGAUGAUGAAUCUGAAGAAGCGUCGACUACUGAACAACCAAUUUUAAUAACAACAACAAAACGAAUAACAACAACGCCUAAUUGGAAAGAUCGAAUACCAUUCUAUCAUCGUAAACUACCGAUUAUUUGGAAUGUCAAUAAAGGCGAUAAUGAUCACUAUGAAGUAUCUCAUAUACUUGGUAAAGGUGGUUUUGCAACUGUACAUGCUGCACGUCGAAAAUCCGAUGAUCUUCUUGUAGCAUGUAAAAUGAUUGAUAGAAAAAAAUUAGAACAAGAAAAUCUUCAUAAUUUUCCAUCAUAUCCAAAUCAUCGUCAUCCAAUACCUAGUUCACGUUCAACAUCAUUACUUGAUAGAUUAAAUGCUGAAAUAACAAUACAUCAUCAAGUUAAACAUCCAAAUAUAGUUGAAUUAUUAAAUUGUUUUUGUGAUGAUAAAUAUGUUUAUUUAAUACUUGAAUUAUGUUCGAAUGGUGAUCUUGAACAUUAUUUACAAGAGAAAAAAACACUUAGUGAACAUGAAACUCGAAAUAUUACAAAACAAGUUGUUGAUGGUCUUGUCUAUUUACAUAGUCAUGGAAUUUUACAUCGUGAUAUUAAACUUUCAAAUUUACUUUUGACUGAUAUAUUCGAUGUGAAAAUUGCGGAUUUUGGUUUGGCAAAAAAAUUACCAUUAACACGUGAACAAACCAAUGAAACAAUGUGUGGAACACCAAAUUAUAUAUCUCCGGAAAUAGCAAGUCGAAAUCCACAUAGUUUUGCAACGGAUGUAUGGUCAUUAGGUAUUCUUAUUGUUACAUUAUUAACAGGACGUCCACCAUUUGAUACUGAUACUGUUCAUGGAACAUUGAGUAAAGUUACACAAGAAAAAUAUGAAUUACCAACAACAUUUAGUGAAGAAGCUCAAGAUCUUGUGAAUAGUACAUUAAGAAAAACACCUGAACAUCGACCAACAAUAAUGGAAAUUCGUGAUCAUCCUUUUUUUUCAAAAGAUUAUUCACGUACAUCACAUUCGUAUAACGAAUCUAAUAGUUAUCAAAAAUUAUCAUUAUUGGGACCAAAUGCAUCUGUUGAUAGUGGUCUUGGUGUAUCUAUGGGACGACAACGAUCUGUAUUGAACAGUACUUCGGUAACAAAUGCAAAUUAUGCAGCUCAUCAAUAUUCAUCGGAUCCAAUAUCUUCUCCAACACCAUCACAUCAUGCUACACCAAUCUAUAUGAAUACAAGUAUACGUAAUAAAAUUCCACAUGAUAUUUUUGUAUAUCCUGUUUUAACUUCUACACCUGCUCAACAACAACAACAACAACAACAAUCUAUUCACGGACGACAAAGUCCAUCAUAUGAUAUUCAUUCAAAUCUAACCGAUUGGCUUAGUAAUGGUUCACAUAAUGUAAAUGAUCCUCGUCCAGAUAGUGCUACAUCAUCAGUUUUAUCUCGAGAUAGUGGUGUUGCACGAUCUGAUCCAAAAUCUUCACGUGAUUUUAGUGCAAAAUCUGAAUCAAGUUCAAAAGCAUCCAUUCAUAAUAAUAAUAAUAGUAAUCAUUUUAUGUCUAAUAAUUAUCCAUCAACAUUAGUACGUAAUGGAUUACCAUCAUUAUCAUCAUCAAAUACAAUACAACGUUUAUUACAACAACAACAACAACAACAACAAACAACAUCAAAUUUUGAUACAAAUACUGAACAAAUACGUGAAAAACUUCAACCAUUAAAUACACAACGAUUAAAAACACUUCGUCAAGCAACAAAAUCAUUUAUUAUGAGUAUUAUGGAUAAUGGUGAAGUUGUACUUGAAACAAUGAGAACAAAAGGUACAAAACGACGUAUUGUUGAUGUAUUUCGUGUAUCAAAUGAUGGUUUACGUAUAAUAACAUAUACACCAAAUAGUCGUCAUGGUUCACCUAUUGGUGAUCAUCCACCACCAAUACCACGUGAUAAAAAUGCUUAUCAAGAAUAUGAAUUUGAUAAAUUACCAUCAGAAUAUUGGAAAAAAUAUCAAUAUGCACAUAAAUUUGUCACAUUAGUUCGUUCACGUAUGGCAAAAAUAAUUCUUUAUACACCUGAAGCAAAAUGUUCAUUAAUGGAAACUGGUGUUGAUUUUGAAGUUGUUUUUAUAUGUGGUGUUAAAAUCUCAAUAUAUCGUGAAAAUUUUAAAUAUGAUGAUCCAUUAAAAAUAAAAAUUCUUAAUAAUAUUGAUAAAUCUGAAUCAUCAUUAGAUUUUGAUCGUGUUGCAACACGAAAUAUAUCUGCUAUUGAACAUUUUAGUCCUGAAAUACGACAAAUGCUUGAUAAUGCAAUUACAUUUUAUUCAUUUUGUUUAUCAAAAGAUCAAAUACUUGAAGAAAAUCAACGACAAUUUCCUUCAAUUCAAGCUUUUCCAGUUCAAUUUGGAAAAAAACAUGCUCAACAAUCGGAUACGAAUAGACCAGGUUCUGCUUGUUCAAUUGGUCGUUCUCUUUCUCAACAAUUCGGUGGUUCAUCAUCAACCGUCAAUGAACUAUGCAUCGCACCUCCAACAUCUGCUGGUACACCAUUAUCAAUGACAUCUACUCGACGUAUAUUUGCAUCUGAUACUGAUGUUCGAGGAGUACGAAAUUCAUCAUCUGCAACUCCAUUAUCUUCAAAUGCAAGUAUAGCUAAUACGAAUGUUCAUCAUUCAACAUCAUCAUCAACAUUACGUACAACUGGUUAUCAUCAUCAAGUAACAUAUACACCACAAGGAUCAAUAUCUCGUCCAUUAUCUAUACAUCCACAACAAAUAUCAUCACCAUUAUAUGCACCAGAAAAUUUAUCAUCAUCAUCAUUAUCAAAUCGUCAAACAACAACAAAUAUGAAUCAUAAUUAUACGUCUACAACAUCAUUAAAUUCUACAGCAAGUGGUGGUACAAUAACAACAACAACAAAUCCUGGUUUAAUAUCAACAAAUACAUUAUCAAUUAGAUCUAUUGAUCCAUUAUUAAAAGGAACAUAUCGUGUUACAUUUAGUGAUAAUAGUACGAUGAUACUUCGUGCUGAUUGUACUGAUGGACAAAUGUUUAUUGAUACACAAGGUAAACGUUAUUUAUUUGAUCGAAGACAACAACAUCAACCAGAAGCAAUUCAAGAGCGCUUAGCACUCAUGCAUCAAGAUCAUCCAACAGAUGUUGAAUAUACUACAUCUCAACAACAACAGCAACAACAAUGA